AUGGAUGCCCGGCAGCGGCUGCAACUCCUGGAGAAAUUACAUGGGAGCUGUGGCAGCAAAGCGUCUCAAAGAUUGAUGCUCUUGACUCUUGCUUACCCGCACACCAAACAGCAGGAGUGUUGUUUUGCAGAGACAUGCAGCUUUGAAAAAGCAGAGUACUUGCAAGCCGCGACAGUGGCCUUCUCGCUGUACUCAGCGCUGGACAGAUCUGUCAGGCACAGUGGUGAAGCAGUUCCAGCAAGCAGUUUUGCUGUGACUCCUGUUCUGGAGCAGCAGAGAGCUGCACUCUUGAUGCUUAUCAGUGCCUUGACCUUAACCCCCGAGCAGCAGCUGCUGAUGCCUGGGCCCUGCAAGCCCAGCUUUGGCGCCACGGGUGAGGACAUGGCCUCGCUACAGAGCUGGUUUCAGGAAGCGACAGAGGUGGCACACAAGGCAGCGGUCUCCUUGCAAGAAGCGCAGACGAUGUUAGCCGAGUUGGACCUAAAGUGCAAUCAGGAGCCACUAGCCGUGGAGCCCUAA